CCCAUUCAAUUUAAUUCUCAGGCAAUACGGAUAGGAGUAAAUGCUCAUGAUUUCAACGCCUUCAAUUGUUAUCGAAUUAAUUACCUGGAGUGGCGAUAGAAUUUCAUUCCGGAAUUUGAGUGAUUCACGAGAUGCGUUGCUGUGGAAUUCUCUUGAUUUCCAGAUUCUCCAAAAUAAAUCAGAGGCUACAACUAAGGAAGAAAAAAUUGGGUGAUGCACAUGACACCCCACCUAAAGGGUCUUCGGAUGGCAUAGGAAGCAUCCCUUUGGGAGAUAAUGAUCCUCAAUAUGAUCCCAAACUAAAAACUAAGCCUCCUUAUGUUACUGUAGCUCCACCAGCUUAAAACAGAAAACCAAUAGUUGCGAAAACAUAAGUAUCUUUUUCAGGAGCUAAAGGCUCAUCAACUUAGGUAAUUAUAGGCAUCCCAAGAGGAUAUGUCCAAAAGAGUCAAAGGUCUUGAAUGCAAGAAGAAAGAACUUUCGAUUGG